CGGAACAUUUAUAAGGGAAGCCGAAGGGAGAGUGAACUCAGGGCCACCAUGGAGGGCAGCUUCACUGGUCCCGAUAAGUACCAGAAGUACUUCUUACCCAAGGACUACCUAGACACCUACUAUAGAUUUGAGCAUGGCCCCUCGCCCGAGACUGAGAUGAUCAAGUUUAAUCUGCAGUGUCUCCACAAGACCUUUGGCCCAGGGGGCCUCCGAGGGGAAACGCUGAUCGACGUGGGCUCAGGCCCUACCAUCUACCAAGUGCUGGCUGCCUGUGAGGCCUUCAGCGACAUCACCCUCUCUGACUUCACGGACCGCAACAGGGAGGAGCUGCAGAAGUGGCUGAGGAAGGAUGUGGGGGCCUUUGACUGGACCCCAGUGCUGAAAUUCGCCUGUGAGCUGGAAGGGAACAGCAGCCGUUGGCAGGAGAAGGCUGAGAAACUCCGGGCCACAGUGAAAAGGGUGCUCAAGUGUGAUGUCAACUUGGGCAACCCCCUGGUCCCAGUGGAGCUGCCACCAGCUGACUGUGUGGUCACCCUGCUGGCCAUGGAGUGUGCCUGCUGUAACCUUGCUGCCUACCGCGCCGCGCUGUGCAACCUUUCCUCUCUACUCAAGCCAGGCGGCCACCUGGUGACCACCGUCACUCUCGAAAUCUCCUCCUACAUGGUGGGGAAGCAUCAGUUCUCCUGCCUGGCCAUGACGAAGGAGGAGGUGGAGCAGGCUGUCCAGGAUGCCGGCUUUGACAUCAAGCAGCUCCUGCACAGUGCCCAGGCCUACUCUGCCAGUGUAGCUCCCAACAAGGGGAUCUGCUUCAUUGUGGCCCGAAAGCGGCCCGGGCCCUGAGCUGAGGGGUCAGCCAGGGGUCCCAGGCCCUGAGCUGUGAUGAGAGAGGUGGGAAAUGGAUCACAUCUAACAGCCUCUGCUUUCAGCACUCACAUUCUACGCUCUCAGGUCUGAGAUUCUAACAUCCUUGUCUAGAUAUCUAAGUUUCUAACACACCUUGUCCUUGGAUCCUAGGAGUAGAAUAUUCCACUUCUAAUAUCCUGAGCUCUCUGGCUCUGUGUAACUCUAGAGCCCCCAAGACACAGUCUCAAUCUUUACCCAGAAUGGCAAAGACAGGGGCAGUGGCCUGUUGACAGUAGUAUGUUGGGGAGGGUUUCAAAACUAGGUCUAAUAGACAAAAGCCCUGAUUUUGCAGCGAUGCCAACUUCUGCGAUGCAAAUGCUCCCACCGUGGUUGACCUCAAGCUACCAGUAUUUUAACUUCUGGCUCAUAAAACUCCUAAAAAUCUUAGCAUCAGCUCUCAUGCACCGAUUGCAUCAGCCUAAACACAACACAGCCUCCACAUAAGGGCUGGGAGAUCUAGCAAAUAAAAAUAUAGGAUGUUGAGCUAAUAGAAUUUUAGAUGAAUGAAAUACCAUUUUUUAAGGAUAAGUAUGUCCUCCAAACUGUGUGGGACAGACUUCUUCUAAUAUUCUUUGUUGCUCAUCUGCAAUUUACAUUUACCCGGGUGUCCUGUAUGUCAUCUGGCAAACCCUCUGUAGCCCUACUUCCAGCUCCAGAGGUAAAAGAGGUCCUGCCCAGGGUUCAGGACUGUGCCUAGCACACAGGACUCUUUGUGCAAGUCAGAAAGGGUCUCCUGCUGGGACACAUUGCCAAAAGGUGUCCCUUGGGGUGAUGAAUUGUCCACAGGUGCCCUGUAUCCCUUUCUCCUGGGCAGAACAAUUGGAGGAAGAAGUCCCUUCCUUGGUCCUCUCCCCUGACUCCCUGUUGCCAGACCUUCCCCUUUCCCCCUCAACCUUCACCUCUGUAGGAUCCACCCUGAUGAGCUGGACACAGCCAUCCUCAGAAGAGUCAUGGAGCUAGGGUUCUAGUCUCAGUGCUGCCAUUUCUCUGGACCUCAUGUUCCCUACCUGUGGGGUAGGAGGAAGAAGGUCUAAUAACUUACAGGAAAGUUUUAGGGGCAGGCAUAGAUGCAAAAGUGCUUGGAGAAGAAAAAGAUUUUGUACAAAUUGAUACAUUGGCACAAAUUUUCCAAAGGGUCAGAGCUGGAAUAGCUUUUGAGAAUUACCAAGGCCUCUCCACAUUUUUAUAGCCCAGUAAGCAAGCCAGGGGACUCACCUAGAGACAUACAGGGUUGGAGUGAGGAGCCAGGUGUCCCCACUCCUGGUCCACCCCAUGUACCAGAUGUCCAGGGCUUGGCAGGGCAGGGAGUCCCCUCAUCCGCAGCUCUCCUAGCACAGGCUUGGUCCUGAACCAGCACCCUCUCUGCCUUCCUUUCUUCCCUGCUCAUGCUUCACUCCCAGAAUCACACAGACCCCAGCUCAGAACUGGUCUCAGCAGACCUCUCUGGACUUGUCUGGAGAGGCAUGGGGUAGGGUGGCUCCAGGCACACUUAUGGAAGAAUGGUCAACAGGCAGAGAAAGAGUGGACCAGCAGACAUGGUGACCCUGAGAACCCAUGUCCAGGAACAGGGGAGAGAGGUGCAGAAAUGAGCUGUGGUAUGGAAUUCUGAGCACACAUGAAGUUUCUCUCUCCAAUACAGGUUGGAUUCUGCAAGGCUGCAGACAGGCAAUGCCCGGGGAGGGGCUGUCAAGGAAAAGAAGGGACAAGUGUGCCCUUCUUUCUGGGUGGGGACCUCCCGUGGAGGACGAGCUGACCUAAGCAUGGGCAAAAGACACAGAGUAGCAAACAUGGGUGCUGGCUCCUGUGGUAGCUUGAUGUGCAGAGUAGAGGGGGGUGGAAGGCUGUGAGGAGGACUCCAGGGGCUGGUGGAAGCUGCUGGCAUGUUAAAGUGGCCAGGCUGGAUGGGGACUGUGCUGUGUGCCUGCCCUGUGGCCACAUGAAGAUAACCUGUACUCUCUGCACACAUUAAUAAAGCACAUUGAUCACCCCAA